GAGAUUAGGCCCCAGUCUAGCGCUGUCGAACAAAUAUGGCCGACAAGACAGAAAAUCUAUUUACUAAAUUCUAACAACACGGUUUCCGCAGCUCUUGUCAUCUUUGACAGGCUUAUUGAUGCGAUCAAGAGGGUUGUCCGUACUAAGCCACAGGUCUCGUUUUGUACAUGGCUAUAGGUCGUGGUUAUAUGCUUCUAGGAGGUCGUUCUGUCUAGGUUCGGUUCAUAGGUCAGAUAAUGACAAUCCAAAUGUUUGCAUUGUCGGCGCUGGUCCGGCUGGUUUCUACACUGCACACCAGAUACUCAAGUUGCACAAGUCUGCCCAUGUUGAUGUCUAUGAGCGAUUACCAGUCCCCCAUGGUCUAGCCAGAUUUGGCAUCGCACCAGAUCACCCAGAAACAAAGAACUGUAUCAACCAGUUCACCAGUACCGCUAAGUCUCCUCGAUGCAGAUUUGUGGGUAAUGUACAUGUCGGUCAAGACAUCACCCUCAGUGAACUGCAGCAAUCAUAUGAUGCCGUUGUCAUGAGUUAUGGAGCGGAAGAUGACAAGAUUUUUGGAAUCCCUGGAGAGGGUCUUUCUGGUGUAUAUGCCGCUAGGGCAUUUGUUGGCUGGUACAAUGGGCUGCCUGAAAAUAGAAAUCUUGCACCAGAUCUGAGCUCAGACACUGCUGUGGUCCUUGGCCAUGGGAAUGUAGCCUUGGAUGUUGCUAGGAUACUGUUGGCUCCAAUCAAAUUUUUAGAGAAAACUGACAUUUGUGAGCAUGCUCUUGAUGCCUUGCGUAAGAGUCAAGUAAAGAAAGUCUACCUUGUUGGCAGAAGAGGCCCACUCCAGGUCGCCUUUACUGUAAAGGAGUUGCGCGAGAUGACGAAGCUUGCGGGAGUGAGGGCAGUGUUUUCCCCUGGUGAUGUGGCUCCUAUAAAGGAUUUAUUACCAACAAUUGCAAGGCCAAGAAAACGACUAACAGAGCUUAUGGUGAAGACAGCUUUAGACAAAUCCACUCCCCAGGAGCAGGAGAGACAAGCAGCAGCCACGAGGGAGUGGGAGGUGAAGUUCCUUCGCAGUCCAGUAGAGGUGCUUCCGACCCCUGAUGGGACGGGCGUGGCUGGUAUUCGGCUUCAGGUCAACAAGCUUGUAGAGGGAGCUAACGGUAGUGUGCGAGCAGUAGGUACAGACGUCACUGAAGACAUCUCGUGUGGGAUUGUGUUGCGCAGCAUUGGGUAUAAGAGCCUGCCAAUAGACGAGUCUACCCCAUUUGAUCACAAACGAGGGGUCAUCCCAACCAAUAAAGGGCGCGUGAUCAGUCUAACAGGGAAGUUAUCACUUGCGCUGUUGGGGGCGUGUGGCUUGGAUUAUAAAGUGGAUUGUGUCUGUCAACAGGGUCUUUGUGACGCCAUUGUCCCUGGUCUGUACUGUAGUGGAUGGGUGGGGCACGGCCCUGUGGGUGUCAUAGCAACGACAAUGAAUGAUGCUUAUGCUACGGGCCAGACAGUGGUGGAGGACAUCAACUCAGGACUGUUAAAGGCAGAGUCCAGUAAAAAGGGCUUUCUUUCAGUACAAACUCUUCUUAGUAGUCGAGGCGUCCGGACGGUAUCGUUCACUCAGUGGGAAAGGAUUGACCAAUUAGAGAUAAAACGCGGGGAAUCUAAGGGAAAGCCCCGCGAAAAGAUCGUCUCUGUAGAAGAAAUGAUGGGCAUCGCGGGCUCAUGACAUAGACCGCCCGUCAGUGGAUGAAUAUGGACCAAUCCCGUCGUAGCAAUAGUUUCGGGUUCCCUGUGGGUUUUGAUAUGGUGUCACUCUGAAGCCCUUGUUUUCUAUGGGCUGGAUCUCCCCAGUCCCCCUUGCCUUGUUGCCAACCACAGGAAUCCCAAACAGGGACCAGGCCGUGACACAGUAUAUAGUGUAUUAUAUUUGAAACGUGACGGAUCCUUUUGGAUGUUGCAAGAAAGUUUAAACAGACACAGGUAACCCAUAGCAGAUUUUGUGUAGCAUUUCGUAAUGCGUUAUUUUUUUUCGUUCUUUCUUUCUUUUAUAUCUUUACAUUUAUCGGAAGUCAUUUUGAUUGCAAUUUUCUUUAAGAGUUUUGUGAGACCUUAAUGAAAGAAACAUUUUGGUAAUGGUUGUCAUGUAGGGAAACAUCGAAUUUCUGAUCUUAUUGGCAGAGCAAAAAAAUGGCAUGAAAUUUUUCAAUUCUCAAGAUAUAAGCUCCAGAUUCCGCAUACAAGGAGUUCCUCUGACCAAAAGCUUAAUUCCAAAUUUUAAAGAAAUUUAGAAGAUAUGAAAUUUAGAUAUGAGCGAGCAAAGUUGGCUUAAUUUCUGAUCAGAGCCCGACUUCUCCCUAAAAACAAGGAGAAUUCAUACUUUGAACAUUUUAAAAUUGUACUUCAAGCCUCAUAUCUCGAGGACGGAUGCAUAAGAAAACAACACAUUUUGAUAUGUUGGUUUAAAUAACAUAAGGAACCUCUAUGCAAAAAUUCAAGCUUACCGACGUUAACCAGACCUUAUUUUAGGGAAACUUGCCAUUUUUUUGCUCUGCCGAUCUUAUUUAAGAUUCAAGGUGGCCCGCGUUUAUUCAAAAGGUCCAUUUUGCAAUCAUCCAUCUUCAAAGCGCUCCCGUACGAUCAUUCAUACAUUUUCGCAAUCUCUCUAAUUCUUUUCUAUAAAAAUAAAUACCGUAAAUUCUGAGCUCAUUAUAAUGCUAGGUUAAAUCAAAACGGUUGCAGAAUAAUUGAGAUUGAGCGAAGGUUGAAAAAAAAGCGACCGUCAUACAAAACAAAAUGUAAGACCGCUUUAAAAUAGUUUUAAUAAAUAAAUUGGGUUUCAGGGAUCAUGACUAUGAAAUAUAACGAUAUUACGUU